AUGGUCAAACAAAAUCUUCAACAUCUGUUGUUUGAGGAGCUUCCAAAGCCUUCACACUCAACGAAGGCGCGUGUGGACUGGACGGUGCAUGCUACACAGAGCGGAUUGACCACCGCCAGUCAAAGUUUGACAGACGCUUUCAACACCUGCUUAACUGGCGGGCUCAUGGAGCUAAAUCAGAGAGGAAAACUACUCAAACAUGAGGCAGUGUGCUACUUCUUUGACUGCAUGAAUCACUUAUCAAUCAACUAUGGGCCUCUCAAUGCAGGGAAGGUGGUAAGGCAAGGGCUACUCUUUGCUUCGUCAAAAGACCACGAAUCCAGAGUAAAACGCCUACACCUGCAAGACAGAAAGAGGCAGACGACAUCAAUUUCGAGUUUAGGCAUCAGUAAUGUUGGAUCUGUGCCAAUUUUCCAGCCCUCUCACGCGCCAGUGUCUCUAAGUUUCGGUUUGGCCAAAAAGAAAUACGCCUUACAUUACAGUACACAGCGUGCACAAGAAACACCUGACCGGGAAGGUACAUGUGCUUGUAUCAACUGCAAAGACUACCGCUCUGUGGUCUCUGAAGAAACAGAGGGAGGCUCGCUACUGGUUGUUGACAAAAUGUUGAGCUGCGUUGGCUUUGAGAAUCAUGGGGCUGAUGACAUGUGGAUCUCCAGCCUUGUUCCAGCCAUCACUGAUGCACUGCGCUCAGCCUCUACAUGCAUCAGUGCCAAGUGUGAAAAUGCAGAGGAAGCAUCGGGAGUGCAUCGAGAGGCGUCUCUGAAAAAGAAAUCUGAGGAAGAGAGAGAGAAAAUAUGCACUAAUAAGCAUGCAGAAGGGGGUGGGGAUGAGUACUGGUAUAAGCCAGAGAGUGAAAAGAGGAAGCACAGUAAUCCUGUUAUACAGCAACUGGGUUCAGUAGAGCAUAUUGUCACUGGCCACAGUAACACUCCAGUAGUCCAGGGAAUGCUCACAUACACGCAUUAUAAGUACGUGACUAUCACUUUCACCUCCUUGACAUUGGCUCUGCCAGAGGGUGUAUAUGACAACUAA